AUGAGUUUACAAUUGCUGCAAGCCUAUCAAUUAGUGUUGGAUGAUGCGAUGGAUAAUGCUAUUACUAGACGAGGACAUCUGUGUUGGUUUCGACAAAAGGAUAUUGGUCUAAUAGCAGUGAACGAUGCCCUUCUCCUUGAACAGGCCAUUUACCAAUUACUUAAAAAACACUUCAAGGAUAAGCCUUAUUAUACGCACAUUCUGGAACUGUUCUAUGACGUUAAAAUGAAAUCUGCGAUGGGCCAGUGUCUCGAUAUGUUAAUUGCGAAAAGCUUCAAGCAUAAAAAACUUAAAAAGUACACUAUGGACAGUUAUACAGCUAUUGUGAAAUAUAAGACUGCGUAUUAUUUGUUUUAUCUUCCUGUGUGUCUCGCCAUGCUGCACAUGACAAACACCAAUGACCAAGAUAUUUUUAGACAAUCAAAGGCCAUAUUGCUUGAAAUCGGUCAAUUAUUUCAAGUUCAAGAUGACUUUUUAGACUGUUAUGGAGAUCCAGAGGUCACAGGAAAAAUUGGCACGGACAUAGAAGAUGGAAAAUGUACUUGGUUGGCUGUAGUAGCUUUACAAAAAAUCAAUUCUGAACAAAAGAAAAUUAUGGAGCCUCAAUGUUGCAGUCAUCAAAGAUUUGUAUGA